AUGAAAGCGCUGGCACACCUCGUGAACAGGUCCUUCAGGCGUUUCGAGCGGAUGGGAGAGGCCGUAUUAGGUCGCGUAGGUCCACUGUUUGUCGCCUUAUAUGUGAUUCUUGUCGGCAUGGGCAUGAUGGCCUUUUUUACUUGCACGUUUCCGAACCGGCUUCCGAUGCCAAACGCCCUCGCUGAAAUCAUGUCGCUCCCAUCCAUAUGGCACUUGAUAUUAGCAGUACCCAAUGCAUUCUGGGAAGGCAUCGUCACGGAUGCGUCGGUGAUGCUCCUGUGCUCUAUUGUCACCUUACUGUGUCUCUAUAUUGUGACCAUGAUGAUCUGGUCCUAUUAUAUGGCGUGUACAGUGGGACCAGGGACUGUACAGCACGGACUGCCCUCUCCGAACAGAGAGUGCCGACUCGGUCCGGGCAGCAGGUCGUGGUGGCGCACGCGGCAAUAUCAAGUUGCCGCGGCCGCUUGCAUGAAGUUGCCGUUGGACGUGGAAUUGGACAUGAUAUGCAAAAGUCAAAGUGACAAAAACCCAUUGCCUGAUAAAUACUUGUGCGGCAAUCCUGAAGAGGAUCUCCGCUGCGUAUUUCGUUUUUGUAAAAAGUGCAAACCUGUGACACUGGCCAAGGCUCUGUCGUGUCUUCCGCCCGAGUUGCGAUGGGAAGAGAAAAUCAAUCGCCGGGCGGGCGUCAUGCAGCAAUGGGAAGAAGCUGCUUUGGCCCAUACUGAUAAUCCGCAUCAAGCUCCCGAUGCACCUGCUGCAUUGUUCCAUGAUCAGGAAGACGAGGGCGAGCACGAUAUUCACGCAUGGCUCGGCGACAAGGAGGCUAAGAUGAUCGUGUAUCCCCCCAAGCCUGAGCGGACACAUCAUUGCCGCACGUGUAAUGCGUGUAUCUUGAAAUACGAUCAUCACUGCCCAUGGCUGAAUCAAUGUGUAGGUCUGGGAAAUGAACGGUAUUUCAUAUUGUUCAUGUUAUGGUUCUCCCUUGGUGCUUUCAUAUUCGCCAUCUCAGGUUGGCCUAUCGCUUAUAAUGCUCUGGUGAACAAGAUUUGGAUAUCGACCGUGUUCCCACGCAUCCUAUACUUGGCGCUUUAUGCAAAGGCCAUUGUGAUGGGGCCAGCGGUAUUUAUCCUGGCAUUGUGGCAUUUGUACCUGGCAGCACGCAAUGAAACGUCUGUGGAGAGUCAGGAUCAUUCACAUUACCAAAAAACAGCCAAGGAGCGAGACGCGGUAUUCCAGAGCGUGUACGAUCUAGGAUGGAUUCGCAACCUGCAAAUAUUUUUCAAUGUGGGCCCUGGCAUGGCAGCCAGCUACUAUACCCUUCUCCUCCCAGUGCAUGUCGAGCCCUAUUCAGACGGAUGGCAUUGGGCCAAAUGCGCUGGUUUUGGAGGACAACACGCUGGUAUUAUGAGAGAGGAGGAGUUUACAGAUGAUGAGGGAGGUCCCGACUAG